AGUGAGAAGGUGCCGCGAUCAGUCGAACUGAUUUCCUAUUUUCUCUUGUUUAUUCACCUAUUAUUCGUGUUGACCAUGCCCAAGGCUAUUGUACAAGGACUGACUCCAGAUGGAGAAAAAAAGAAAGCUCGAGUGUAUACAGAUGGAUGCUUUGACUUUGUACAUUUUGCAAAUGCCAGAUUAUUAUGGCCAGCAAAACAAUACGGAAAAAAGCUGAUUGUUGGUAUUCAUUCAGAUGACGAGCUUGACAAUAAUGGAAUUUUACCAAUUUUCACCGAUGAGGAAAGAUACAGACUUAUUUCGGCAAUUCGAUGGGUCGAUGAAGCAUUUGAAGACGCGCCAUUUCAACCCGAGAUGUCAACGCUAAACCAGCUAGAUUGUGAUAUUAUUGCAAUACCAGAUAUUAGCCACCUGACAACUGUUGAAACUGCAAGGUACGAGGAGAUUCGGGGCAGCGAACGGGCAAAACAAUAUGUAAUUUCGGAGCAUGUAACGGACCAGGAAAUCGCUGGUCGUCUCAUGCUUGUCACAAAAAAGCAUCACAUGGAAACCGAUUCAAUCUUGGAUUUCAAAAGCGCUAUUCUUCCGUUUGCCCUGGAUCCGUUGAGCAACGAGCCUGUCAUAUCGGUGUCCCUUUUCAAACAAAACUAUACGUUUGCACCUGUCGUCAUCGGAAGGAAACCGAAAGUAACAGACAAGGUUGUUUAUGUUAGCGGAGCGUUCGAUUUAUUUCAUGCGGGGCACCUGUCUUUUUUGGAAGCAGCGAAAGAUCUUGGAGACUAUCUGAUUGUUGGAAUUGUGGGAGAUGAUGACGUAAAUGAAGAAAAAGGAACAAUUUUCCCGGUUAUGAACCUUCUCGAAAGAACACUGAACAUAUCAUCACUGAAAAUUGUUGAUGAAGUAUUUGUUGGUGUUCCGGCAGUGACAAAUUCCAAGUUUGUGAAUUUGAUUCGAGCAUCGAAAAUCGCAGUGUACUCUGAAACCCACCCACGGCGGUUUGCAGACUGCACGUAUCAUAGAAUUAUAGAAGAAGUAACACCAGAUUAUGAUGCAACAUGUGAAGAAAUACUGGAGCGAAUCACGUCCAGAAAGAUUGCAUCAUCGGAUGACGACGAAAUCGCAAUGUUCAACGCAGUUCCAUUGAAUAACAACCAACAUUGACUUUCAAAUAUUUGGAAUGAAUGUGUAAUUAGAUGCAAGAGUUCAAGAAACUUAUUUCUAGUCGAGAUUUUUUUCAUCAAAUAAAAAUUUGCAUCUUUUG